AUUUAUUAAAAACCCACAUUAUCUCUUUGCCAGUCGUACAAUACAAAUCUAGAUUUUUACAGCAAAACAAAAUUUCCAGUGUAACUUACCAAAUUUCUGUAAAAAAAACUAGGACAAUGUCUAGCAAAAAAACAAAUAAAAUCACACCUGCGAACUUAGAUGAUUUGGCCAACCAGCUUUUUGAUGAGACCAAACAAAUGAGCAUGUCGACUAAGGAUCAGCGCAAAUUGUUGCAGGAAUAUUUGAGUGCCAAAAUCAAGGGCAGCGAUGAAAGUGAAAAUGACGAGGAAAGUGAUACUGAUUCAAACUCUGAAAGCGAUAGGGAUUCCGAGGAUGACUCUUAUUCCGAUUCAGAGAAUAAUUCCGAUCCCGAAUCCGACGAGAAAACGGAGGAAAGCAGCGAAGAAUCUAAAUCUGAACUGCAGUCUUUAGAUGAUAGGGAAAUUACAAAAUCUACUAAAGCAGUUACUCAAAUGAGUGAAAAAAACCAGGAUGCCAGUCUCGUGGAUCAAAAAAUAAGUAAUGAAAUUACUACCAGAGAGUAUGAGCAUUCUAAAAGCUUGGAAACUAAACUCGGGUCCUUGAGUCAACCCACGUCCCGAAUUCAGCGUCGAAUUACAAUGGCUGGUGGCUUAGUAGCUGCUCCAAUUCGCAAUUCAUUGCCUUUUAACAAAGAUAUUAAGCUGCCAUCUAAAUCAGAAGUCAAAUCCUGUCAAAUGGCCAACAAAGUGACAAUCUCGCCACGUGUGGAAGACCAAAAACCUCUAAAUAAACCCAGUGUCAACUGCUUGUUCAACUUAAAAGCUGGUGAUUUCUCCAAAGAAAUUAAACAAACCACAAUUAAGCUUUCUGAUCCCAGGAAUUAAUAAUGUAACUUUAUUUAUUUAACUCAUUUUAUACUUUGUAAUAUAA